AUGGUGAUUAGUCCACAUUUCACCUCAUGUGCUUCAGUGGAUGAUAUCGCGAGAUUAGAAACGGAUCUGUUUUCAAACUACUCACUAAUACCGAGACCUGUUUAUAACCAAAGUGAGGUUGUACGUGUCGGGUUGGAGAUUUACCUUUUUACAAUUAUUAAGUUAGACGCCGUAUCAAGCGUCAUUGAAUUAAGCGCGGGAGCGAUAAUAUCUUGGUAUGAUUAUAGACUGACAUGGGACCCAAAUAACUAUGGCGGACUGACAACAUUAGUGGUCGAUUCGUCCUCUCUCUGGUUUCCGGGUCUCUUUAUCAUAUCCACAGCCGACGAACUUGAGAUCUUGGGAGCAGAUCAAUUCCACGUAGAUAUAAGUUCAACUGGAAAUAUAAGCUGGGUCGUGGGUAAGUUGCUGACAUCGUCUUGUAGUAUGGACAUGACUAGCUUUCCCGUGGAUACCCAGACCUGCUCGGUUGUGAUAAUGCCGUGGGGGUAUACGGAAACUGAAGUCGUGGUGUACCCACUUGUUAAUACCAUAAAUAUGGGUUUUAGCAACCCAAAUGGUGAAUGGAAUGUCGAUAAGACAUUGGUGGCUGAAUACGAUGCAUACAAACCAAACGCAUCUGCUUUGUCAGCUGAGUUGACUUUAAGCAGGAAAUCAGCAUAUUUCGUCAUUUCCUUGGUACUACCGAUGAAUCUGAUUGGUUUGCUCACCCCAGUAGUCUUUCUACUUCCUGCGUCCUCAGGAGAACGUAUUUCCUAUUCCAUCACGAUGUUUCUAUCUCUAACCGUAUAUAUGACCAUUGUAUCGGACAGCAUUCCAAAAGUAUCUGAACCUAUGGCCGGCAUCACCUACUUCACCCUGGUUGGUCUGAUCUAUAGCUCAACAGUGGUGUUGUUGACGAUCGUUACAAUAAGGUUUGAAGCUUUAGACGAUGUGGAUAACUUUCCCAAAUGGAUUAUAUCGACAGUAAAAUGGUUAGUCACAUUCUGCCAGAAAAGACGAGUAGCUCAAGUAGAGGAUAAGGCUGAUGGAAAACAUGAUCGCGACGUGGAUACGACAUCAACAGAUUUGACCAAGAUGAUGGUGAUAAAAUACAUCGACUACUGCCUUUUCGCGAUUACAAUGACUGUAACUAUUAUUACUAUUACUUGUUUUACAGGAGUGUACUAUGUAUGACCCGGCAAUUAAUGUUGAUAUACAAUUGUAGUGAUAAGAGAUGAAAUACAAAUUUGAUAGAUAUUGUCAUCUGGGAACAUCAAGUAAACUUCAAAACACGUUAUGUUCCCAAAACAUAAUUUUCUUUUGAUUACUUCGUAACACUGUAUUAGAAUUUCAGAACGCAUGUUCUUUCCUGGUUAUAAUUAUUUGUUUUUGGAGUCUAAGAAAAUAAAUG